AUGCACAUCCAUCUUCUUUCGCCUCUAUUGCUCCUCGUCGCCGCCGAAUGGGACCAUUACGACGACGAGGAUCUCGCGUUGAGUAUACCGGCCGACGCGGUCGGCGUUUCCGGCCAAUUCCGGAAGCAGGUGCUCAAAGAGAUGCGCGUUCGGAAUCGACUGCGCGACGUGCCCGAGAAUCGCUGCUACUGCACCUACGGCUCGCCGAUCUGCGAUCGAAAUCAGACGUGCGUCAAGCACGAUCACGCGGCGUGCUAUCAUUCCGUAGAAGAGAUUUAUAAUCGAAAGGAGCGACGAAUGGAGACAUGGCACAAAUAUGGCUGCGCGAGUUUGGAGCGCGGAAGUCAGGGAUCGCAUUUGACGUGCAACAUGUGGCGCAGCUCGCAUUACAGCCCGCGAAGCAUCGCGUGCUGCUACGAAGGGAACCACUGCAAUCGCAACAUCCAGCCGAGACCCUACGCGAAUAUAUUGGAGCAUGGUGAGGCGUGUUCGGGUCCCGCGACGACGACGAUGGUGGUGGUUUCAGACGCGCCACCCGCCAAUGAGACGUAUGAGGUGGAUUUGCGAGUUCCGCACAAGACCCCGAUUGUGAUCUUCGCGUCGGUGUUCGUAUUCGUCCUUCUCAUCGCUUGCAUCCUCUUGACAAUUUAUCAAUGCAAAACAAUUGAUAAGAAGAAGAAGAAGAAGAAAAUCAAAGGUGCGUCGACGAUUUCGACAGGAAUGGAAGGCGAGAAGAUGCUUUUCGAAGAUUCCGGAAGCGGCUCCGGGCAGGCAACACUGCUCCAGCGCACUGUUCGUCAGGAUUUGACGAUCAUCGAGAAAAUCGGGCAGGGAAGAUAUGGCGAGGUUCGAAAAGCGGCGUAUCGCGGCAGCAUCGUCGCCGUCAAAACGUUCUACACAACCGAUGAGGAUUCGUGGAGGAACGAGCGAGAAGUCUAUCAAACGCAAAUGAUCAACCACGAGAAUAUUCUGCAAUUCGUCGCCGCCGAUAUUUGGAGCGAAGAGGACUCGAUGACGAAAAUGCUGAUCGUCACCGAUUAUCAUGAGCUUGGAUCGCUGUCGGAUUAUCUGAGACGGGAAGUGACGUUGUCCACCGAUGAGGCAUUGAGAUUGAUCUACAGCUGCAUGUGCGGCCUCGAUCACAUCCAUCACGCGGUUCAGGGCACCGGCAACUACACGAAGCCCGAGAUCGCGCAUCGCGACAUCAAAUCAAAGAACAUCAUUGUGAAACGCGCCGGCGUGUGCUGCAUCGCCGAUUUCGGCUUGGCGUUGCGUUGCGAGAACAACAAAAUCACACCGGAGAAGUUCAACGUGCAAGUGGGCACGAAGCGAUAUAUGGCGCCCGAGUUGCUGUCGAAGACGCUCAAUCCGCAAGACUUCUCGCAAUUCAAAAUGGCCGACAUCUACUCGAUGGCGCUGGUGAUGUGGGAGGUCGCCCGACGCGUUGAGGACAACUCGGGAAUUCAAGUCGACAUUGUGAACGAGGUGGAGCAGACGCGAAAAAAGCAGAGCGACUCGUCUGGCAUCGGAUCAUCGAUGAACUCAUUAAAGGCGAAACCCUAUAGUCAACCGUUCGACGGGUCCGUCGAGAACGAUCCGAGUUUCGACGAGAUGCGUGAGUUGGUGUGCGUUCGCGGUGUUCGGCCGCCGAUCGAGCAGGCGUGGAUCAACGGCUCGAAUUUCGCGCUGAAACGCCUCAGCGAGCUGAUGGGCACGAAUUGGCACCAGAAUCCGCAAUAUCGGCAUACGGCGUUGAAGCUGAAAAAGGAGAUUCACAAGUUGAUCGAGGUGAUGAUGAAUCGCAACGACGAGAAUGAGGCGACGCCGCUGAAGAAGGAGAGCUCGAGCGACAGCGGCAUCAGUCAGAACUCGUCGAAUCGAACGCCGAAUUUGUAUAAUGAUGCUUGA